AUGGGUGCAUCGGAGCCCGCGUCAGCUUCACCUGGCGUUGCAGGCAACGUCGCUGGGAGGACGUGCGGCGCAGACACGAGCAUGGGAACGAAUGUAGCGACGACUAUAGAGACGAAUUUAGAGACGAGCCCGUGCGAGACGGCAGGCGGCGCGGAAGUUGCAGCUCUAGGCUCUGGCGGUAGCGACUUGCGGCGGACAGCGGACAGGAGAAUACCCGCAGAGAGAGAGGCAGCAGGCGUGGGGUUAGGAGCGGUGCUUCGCGGUGCGGCGGGCGUGACGGCGGGCGCGCUGGUGAUGCCGUCUGUGGUGCACGCGCUCCGUGCGGAGCUGGUGCCGAGAGCGGGAGGAGCCGUGGCGGCCAGCGCUGAUGGGAUUGCGCUGCAUACCGGGGUCGCAGUAGCUCCUGCCGCCCGGCCAGACGCGGACUCUCCGCACAUUCGACGCCCCGCCGCUUCCGCCGCCGCCGCCGUGUCUUCCGCGCGAACCCCCGCUGCCGCCACCGCGGCUCCGGCGGAGCUGCAGGAGGGGGACGAACGGGGCGCGGGCGGAGCGACCGUGAUGGGGCUGCAGCAAGCGCAGCAGGGGCUGCGGGGGGACGGGCUGCUGGGGGAAGGAUUGCGCGGGGAAGGACUGCGAGGGGAAGGACUGCGCGGGGAAGGGUUGCGGGGCGAGGGAUUGGGGCACGGGCACGGGCCUGGGGAAGACGGCCUAGAGGACGAGGAGGAAAUUGCGGCGGCCGCGGCGGCGGCGGCGUACGCGAAGCGGAUGCGGCGGGCGGGGCAGAUCAGCACGGUGGGGCAGCUGGUGGCGGGCGGCAUCGCAGGCGCCGUCAGUAAAACGUGCACGGCUCCCCUGGCUCGACUCACGAUCCUCUUCCAGGUGCAGGGCAUGCACGACGCAUCGGCGGCGCGGAGGCGGCCGUCCAUCUUUGGGGAGGCGAGGCGCAUAGUGGCGGAGGAGGGCGCGCUGGCGUUCUGGAAGGGCAACACCGUCACCAUCGUGCACCGCCUCCCCUACUCCGCCAUCAACUUCUUUGCCUACGAGAGCUACAAAUCCAUGCUUGAAACCAUGGCGGCCAAUUCCUUCCCCAGCCCUGACCUCCCGCCCACCCACGCACACCACGCACUGCAACCAAACCAGCAGCAGCAGCAGCAGCAGCAGCAGCAGCAGCAGCAGCAGCAGCAGCAGCAGCAGCAGCAGCAUGAGCAUGGGUGGCAGGCGGCGCGGAGGGGGGUGGUGGACAUGGGGGUGAAGUUCCUGGCGGGAGGGGGCGCGGGGUGCACUGCUGCUACCAUCACGUACCCGCUUGACCUCGUGCGCACUCGCCUUGCUGCUCAGACCAAGUCGCGGUACUACAAGGGUAUAGUGGGCACGCUGAGCACCAUCGUGCGCGAUGAGGGCCUGCUGGGCCUCUACAAGGGCAUGGGCGCCACUCUGCUCGGCGUGGGCCCCAAUUUAGCCAUCAACUUCUGUGUGUACGAGACGGUGAAGGCCAACUGGGUGCGCCGCCACCCUGAGAUGCCCGUGCCUCUCGUCUCCCUCGGUUGCGGCAGUCUCGCUGGCAUCUGCUCCUCCUCAGCCACGUUCCCUCUGGACCUGGUGCGGCGCCGCAUGCAGCUGGAGGGAGCAGGGGGGCGGCAGCCGUCACAGCGCCGCACAAUCCCCCAGAUGCUGGCGCACGUGGUGCGCACCGAGGGGUGGCGGGCACUGUACCGCGGCAUUGUGCCCGAGUAUGCUAAGGUGGUGCCGGGGGUAAGCAUUGCCUUCAUGACCUAUGAGUUCAUGAAGAGGCUGCUGCGCCCCCGCGACAGCUUCCUAAACUGA